AUGGCGAUCCACUUCUUGGCGGGGGCGGUGGUGGUGAAGAGGCCUCUCCUGCAGCUGCUCUUCCGGUUAUCGCCUCUUCUGUGGCCCUUCAACAUCUACCUUCCGCUUGCCCGGCAGCUGCCUGGCAUGUGCAACGCCACCGUCGCCGCUACGUCGCUGCUUCUCUUCCGCCUCCGACGGAUUGUCGCCGCCCGCGUCCCGCGGUACCGGCGGGCGCUCCGCCUGCUGCAGGACGAACUUGACGGCGCCGACGGCGUGGGGCGACGCCGGGCGGCGGCGUUGGACGACGGCAGCCUCCAGAGCCUCCUGUCCGUGGCCAUCUGA